CCGCUCAGCGGCGCGGCGCGCGCAUCAGGGCGGGGCCGGCCCGCGGCGGGCGCUAACAUGGCGGCGGCGGGCGGCUGGUUGAGGAGCUGCGCGAAGCUGAAAAGAAAUAUGCCAGCGUACUUGGCUCCUUGGAGGGCUUAUCCACAUGUCUUUAGAUCCUCCAAAUCGGAACUGAUGCCAAAUCUAGCCAGUGAUGGAGUUGUCUGUGCUCCGCUUCAGACAUUCACCGAAGAGGAAACAAUGCUGAAAAAUAUGGUGGCAAAAUUUGCUCAGGAGCAAGUUGCACCUCUGGUGCAAAAAAUGGAUGAGAAUUCAAAAAUGGAAGACUCUGUAAUACGAGGAUUGUUUGAACAAGGGCUGAUGAGUAUUGAGCUUGGGGAAGAAUAUGGAGGAACUGGAGCUUCAUUUUUUUCAGUCAUAUUGGUGGUGGAAGAAUUGGCCAAAGUUGAUCCAGCUGUAGCUCUUCUAUGUGAACUCCAAAAUACACUAACAAAUAAGUUGUUUACCACAUACGGAACAGAAGAACAAAAGAGAACUUACUUGCCCAGAGUGGCUAAAGAUACAAUAGGCAGUUUCUGUCUUUCGGAGGCUGGGUCUGGCAGUGAUGCUUUUUCUUUGAAGACUCGCGCUGAAAAGAAAGGAGACUACUAUAUUAUCAACGGCUCAAAGAUGUGGAUUAGCUUAGCAGAACACGCAGGAGUUUUCUUUGUGAUGGCAAAUACAGAUCCAUCCUUAGGAUACAGGGGAAUUACAUGCUUCAUAGUAGAUCGCAACACAGAGGGCCUACAUGUAGGGAAGAAGGAGGACAAGCUUGGAAUCAGAGCAUCUUCUACCUGCCCAGUGACAUUUGAAAAUGUUAAGGUUCCUGAGACCAAUAUCCUGGGACAGGUUGGACAAGGCUAUAAGUAUGCAAUUGGAAUGCUAAAUACUGGCAGGAUAGGUAUUGCUGCACAGAUGUUAGGACUGGCACAGGGAUGUUUUGACCAUACAGUUCCCUAUACAAAGGAGAGAGUCCAGUUCGGGAAAAGCGUAUUCGAUUUCCAGGGGAUGCAACAUCAGAUAGCUCAGGUGGCCACGCAGCUGGAGGCAGCAAGGUUGCUGACCUACAACGCAGCCCGUCUUGCUGAAACAGGAAGGCCAUUCAUAAAGGAGGCGAGCAUGGCCAAGUACUACGCUGCUGAGGUUGCAACACUGACAACUAGUAAAUGCAUUGAAUGGAUGGGUGGUGUUGGAUUCACAAAAAAUUAUCCAAUAGAAAAGUAUUAUCGUGACUGCAAGAUAGGUACAAUAUAUGAAGGAACUUCAAAUAUCCAGUUGAGCACCAUUGCAAAAAGCUUAGCACAGGAGUACUGAAACCAUAAGGACUCAUUGACUGUUAAUGGAAAUUAUUUUCCUGAACAUUCAUUGUUAAUUACACAUUUGUUGUUAAUGCUUUUUUAAUUACAUCAUAAAUAAGAAUAUAUCAUCACAGAUGAAAUUAUAAGCAAAACUAUGAAUUCCCCAUUUCAGGACAGUGUGUGUGUAAUUCAUGCAAAAUCAUGAAUUCCACCUUCAAAUUCAAAUUUUGGGUUUCUGCCUUAGAGACUUCUAAGCUAACACAUUGGCUGAAAUUAUUUUGUUGCCUUAUGUUAUACAUGCAGCGUAUCUCCACGUUGAGAUUUCAAAAUGAAAACAAAAGAAGCAAAAUCCUUGGCCUACCUGGUGUGAAUGGUGUUAGGCCACCUGAGAGAAAGGACUCAGUGUGCAGCAGAACUGUUGUAUGGCACAAAGCUUCUGUUUGUUCGUGAUGCCCUCUAUUAGCAUGGGGUACAGAAGAGGUAUGUGGAAAGAGAAGUGAUGGUUUCUUCUCUUCCAGGUGGAGUAAUGUCUGUAGAGCUGCUGUAAUUGGAGUAAUUUUUAUAGCAGCCCUUAGUGUGUUCUUAAGUAUAUCUUGGUAAUUAAGCCCUUCCAGCCCCAAUUUGUAGUACUGAAAGCUGGAUAAUAUCUACCUUCCUUUCCAGCCUUCUCAGCUUUUAACGGUUUUAAUCUACAAGGCUAUUUAUAGUUCUCCUUUCAUAAAAGGUUGAGUUGAAAUCUUUGUGAAAUGGGGUUAAAAAAGCUCUAGUAGUUCUGCAAAAAGACAGAGAUGUAAGCUAGAUAAUAGAAAUGCUGUGACACUACCUCACGGUGGCCUUUCUGUGUUCAGUGCAUUUUACAAAUUUUAAUCCUUCAGAGCCUUCCUGGGAGUUAGGGAGGGCCUGUUAAUUUGCAGCAUAGAAAACUCACUCACGGAAGUUAGUGGUUCUCUAGCAAAGUUUUUCUCCGGGGGGAGGGGAGGUUGAGAAGUAUUUGCAUUUUUACCCCUCUGUUUACUUUAAAAUUACACAUUUUAUUUAUGGCAGAAACCUCUUCAGUACUGGAGAACUAAUUAACUAAGAAUCAAGAGAUGGAAGGCUUAAUAUGUGAAAAAUCAUUAUAAUUGCUGUAAUUGGCAAUUUGUUUCAAGUGUUUUUGGGAGGGACAGAUUGGUUUGCUGGUUUUGACUGACUUAAAAGAAUCACGUUUUUAAAGCUUGCUAGUGACUGAUGAUUCACUUAGAGUGGAGCUUAGAAUGUUACAGGCUGAGGCUCCCAAAGGAUUUUCUAGCAAAACUAGGGUAAGUGACACUUAACAAAUACGAUUGUUAAGGCAGACUGCGGUGCCUUAUACAAAGAAACAAGCAAAGAGGAAAAGCACUAUUAGAAAGUUUUCUCCUUUCAAAGGGAGGUAACUACUUUAGUGAAUUAAUCCCCCUACGUAUAUGCUUUGCCUGUUGACAGGUAAAGAAUUAAUGUGAUAAUUCUCCUAAUGCCAAUAAAAAAAAACCCUCCCGUAUCAGUUUAACAGCUCUGAGAUUUUUCAAAAAUUCAAGAGUAGGAGGGUAGCCUAGAUAAUUUCUGAAGUUUGCUUUAGUAGUAUUAUUGUUGUUACCAUUAUUAAUGCAUUUCAAGUGGGUUGAGGCUUUCUUUCAGCUGAAGUGGCUAGGGAGAUGGUUAGACUAGAAUUAAGACUACAGACACCGCAGCAGUUAACUACAGCUAUUCUGCUCAAUGCAGUCUAUCUGCAAGUCUAAAAUAGUCAUAACCGUACUACAAAAUGGUUGAGUUAGCGUUGAUUAACGUGAUGAGUUGGGCUAAUGUGGGGCAGUCCUUAGCUGCUGCAGUUUAGCCUGCUUUGCUAACAUGAGUGUUAGCAGAGAUCAGGUUUUGAUUCAUACGUUUUAAUAGGUCUCCUAGUUGGAGAUGCUAUCUUAGCUUGUCUACUGCAGUUUUACGUGAGGCUAGGAAGUGUAUGGCAAUACUUAAAUGACUUAAUAUAGAGCUAAAAGCAAACCCUUUAUGGAGGAAAGUGCAGAGCUUUCAAACGACUGUUAAGGGCUGGAUAUCCAGGAUUAUGUAAAAGAACUGUCUCUGUGUAGAAUUGUGUCAGGUAUCCAUUUGAAAACCUAAUCAGGAAAAAAAUCAAAAUAGUGUUAUUUCCUACGGUCUGAACUUGGAGGCCUAGCCCAGAAAACAACCUGAACAGCCUUAUCAGUUACUCAACAGUUCUCAGAAAAGCGAGGUCAAGCCUUUAAUUAAUGUUACAGCUGUAAAUAUUUCACAUCUCUCAGUUCUAUAUGCUGUAUCCUGUAUGCAAUAACUUUUGAAAGAAAUGUGUGUAUUGUAAUUGGAUUUUGUCCACAGAAUUCUGUGGAGGAAUAUGUGCACAAAUUAAUUACAACCACUGAGUUUCUUUCAUCAUUGUUUUAAAAGGGCACGUGCCACUGUGGAGAGCAUUAGCUAUUCUGGUCGCUGAUUUUGGGAAGAGUUAUUUCAUCUCCUUAAGCCGGACUCCAUUGCUGCACUAAACGCAGAUGUUGGUUUAGUGAUGAGAUGCGCUGUGCCGUUGUCCAGGAGCUGUUAAGAGCUGCCUGCACUCCCCACCUCCUGUUGAGUUUGGGACAGGCAUUUAUGGAUUGUCAUAAAUUGCGUUUCUACAUUUGGCAUCGUGGGCACAGGGCUGUUGAUGGUGGCUGGCUGUAGCAGUAGGUGCAGGGCUGCAGAGGUGGCGUGGGGAGUGCCAGGAGGCUUUCUGUGCUGGUGAUGGGACUUAAAGCUGCUUUAUACUCAAUAUGUGUUUAUAUUACUGAGUUUCCCCUUUACACGCCCUUAGUCAGCCCAGUCAGUCUAGUCUGUCGUCCUGCAACAGCAUCGUCAGUAUCAAACGUUGCAUCUGGGCUUCCCCGUUAGAAGAAAAGCCUGUAUUGAGAAUGUAUUAAAAAGUGCCUGAAUUUUAUAUUUGACUUGAUACAAUGCUCAUCUCUUGUAUCGGGUGAUGACUCUCUAAUGUGUCAUCUAAAUUUUUUCCCAGAUCUUGCAGUUUUUGUGCUGGGAGAGAAUGACUGUAUCGUUCGUCAGGUUUCUUUAGUUUUAUUCUGUUUGUGAUAACGGUCUGAGGCAGAUUUCCAUGGAAAGGUUUAAUCACUACUUGGGAAAUACUCAAAUACAACAUUUUAUAUGA